AUGAUUAUGAGCCCUGCAGCCGGGAAACGGGCGGGCAAUUGGAAGUUGGCGGCAAAUUUUGGGCCUUUGGGGCGUCUGCGCUGGCUGAUGGAAGGAAGCCGGUACGGCUACCUAGGAGUUGCAUUGUCAGCCAAACGAUCUGCAAUGGGUCUGCACUGGAAACUACUUUGUUAUAUCUUGUUAAGCUAG